GCCGUGUUGUGCCGGUCUGGAAGGCCGGUGGUGAUUCUUUUGAGUCGUGAAUUAAAACGGUUCUUGUUCCCAGCGGUGCUGGCUUGUGUCGUGCGAAUUACGGCUCACUGACCCCCCUGAGCGGAGGCGGGGCCUUCAUCUGGCGCCCAACGUGGUUUUCGCACGUAGCUGACCUUCCUUUCGUUCCUUGCAACGUGGUUUCCUCAUGCAGUAUUUAUGCUUUUCGUUUGAGUUCGCUUUCGCACCGCGAGAACCGCACGCAUUAGGCCCCCGUCCUGCCGGCCCAUCGCACUCGCGGUAUGCUUUGCGCAUAUUCCAAUGCUCUUGCGUUCCGGUACAGUUACAGCUCGCGAAGGUGAAAGCCCUACGGACCUCAAGUCUAAUAUAAUGCCCGACAAGGUGAAACAGGACGCGUCCGCGCCAGAUACUCCUCGUAUCGUCGAGCAGCUGACCGCGUUGCUAGAACGCCAGGCUACACCAGCCGACACAUUUCGCUUACCGCUGGCCGUGCCUACGUACGAGGGACACACAGACAAGAAAUCGGUCACAGACUUUUUACAAGAUUUACAAGAUUAUCGCGACGCGCAAGCCCUCCCAAAUGAGACUCUUCUGCUACGCGUUCUGCCCGUCGCCCUGUCUGGCUCUGCCGCACGUUGGCGUCGUCGCCAGUCUUUCGAAAGUUGGUCUCACUUUGAGCAGCUAUUCCGUGCCGAAUUUCUGCCCCCCGACUACGCCGUGCGCAUGAAAGAUGAACUUCGCAGCCGUACACAGGCUGAGGAGGAAAGCCUCCAAGAAUACAUACGGUCCUUACAGGAGCUUUACGACCGCGCGGACCCUUCGGCACCUGAAGCGGAAAGAGUGGCUCGGGCAGUUAAGCAGUCGCAUCCGCGUUUUCAGGCGUAUUUGAGGGGUCGUUCAUUCUCUUCACUCGACGUCCUCGCUACAGCAGCGGGUGAUAUUCAGGCCGCGAUGUUGGCGGAGCUCACGUACCAACCACCGCCACCGCCUGAAUCCACUCUCGAGCCAUCCUGUGCGUGGCACGGUCGGUCCAACCCAAUGGCCUCACCGAUGACCCCACCAAGAACUCUAGACCCAUUCAGCCACCACAAUCUGCCUGCUCCGUCCGCCUUCCAGUCAACUACCCAGGAACGUGGGACACCCACACCGGGCGUCUCGACCCAAGGCCAGCCCGUAGCGGUCGCCGCCCAUUCUAGUGCCGGAGGCACAAGUAGGAACCCUCCGGUAUGCUUCCAGUGUGGAGGUCGGGGCCACUAUAGGAGCCAGUGCCCAAGCAGACCACGUUCUGGCCGCUGGGGAAACGAUCGGGGCCGGCGAUGGUGAGCGCAUGCCAAUCGCCGGCCAGCAUUCCACCGCCCCCCGGGGUCCUCUCACUUUACGCAGGUCCUGGAAGAACUACUGCGGCUCCUCUGUGGGCUACGACGCGUCUUCAAGAGCAGCCAGCCACGCUGCAGAGGCCAGGCCACCGGGUGUUUUGGUCUUCACAUCAUCCAGCCGCCAGGAAUCACAGCCGCGGCAAACCUUCGACAAAGCAACGCACGCCCAAAGGGACAAGGCCGCAUCCCUUCCCGCUCGGACAACUGCCAGAGAAUCAAGCAACCAACGCUCCUGCGAAGUACUCCCCGCCCGAUAACAGCCAUGGUGUACUCAACAAUACGAACACCCCGCAGCAACUUCAGUGCCAACUAGCCCGCGACAAAGCACAAGGCUGGCACCCAUCACGGAACGCCGACACAGGCUGCUGUGAACGCCGACACACGCUACGUGCACGUUCCAUUCUGUGCAACCGGUGGGACAGA